AUCACAAAUUCGCUCGAGUGAGGGCUCGGCACAUCUCAUCGGCCGCAUGUUCCAUCCAUGAGGACCAUGCCACACUUGCCGGUGUGCUGAGACCAUGCUCCAUACACUCGACAACUGGCUGCUACCCUAAUGAUACCACGUAACGGCCAGACCAGCCAAGACGAACAGCCUUCCGUGAAACGACCACAUCGCAGAACCAGGAAUAGGUGUGUCAAUUGCAAAAGACGCAAAGUCAAGUGUGACGAGCAGAAACCCCCACCGGUCCCUGGGGUGAGGCAUGGGCGCGCAACGCCAUGAAGGUUGGCCUGGCCCACCAUUUUGUGCUUCACCUCGCCAUGGGCCUGGCUGGCUUUCAUCUGGCCUACCUGAACUCGCACGACCACGACAGGCAAGCGCACUACUUGUCAGCCGCCAGAUGCCACGUCUCGUCAGGCCUCGCCGAAGUCGCUCGAACCCUGCCAAACUGCGACGAGUCCAACUGCGGCGCCGUCUACCUGGCCUCUCUCCUCGUCAGCUACUGCAGCUAUGCCGCCGGCCCCUCGAGUCCUAACGAUCUCUUCGUUUACAGCGUCGGUAACGACACAUCUCAGCACCGGCCUGCCCUCAUCUCCGGUACCCGGCUCCUGCGUAAGUCGUAUCGGCACGAUUGCCUCUUUUCUGGGCUCAUGGAGCCUUUUGGCCCUACGACCUACUUCUCCGUCGACCCGCGACCGACGUACUUAUGCCACGGCUUUCCACGCAUCGACUGGGUCCGCCCCUUUGAGGAGCUGCGCGAGCUGAUCGGCUCGCUCGAUGGCCCCAACUUUUCCGUCUACAACCAGGCCGUGGACGGUCUCGAGGUCGUCUACGACGCCACCUACGGACGUGGCAACGACACGUACGACGGCGACAAGUCCAACAAGAUGGCUGUACCGCAUGGAAGAUAGCUUUCAGGCCUGUCUGCAGUGGAAGGAUUCAGUGGCGCUCCUCAUCAUGGCACACUUUGUCCUACUCCUGAGGACGAAACCGUUCGGGUUUCUCGAGGGCUGGGAAGACCACCUGCUCGAUCGCAUCGCUGAGCUCACUAAUGGCCAGUUUUCUUCGUGGCUGCCUUGGACUGAAGGAAGGCAACACCAGGGGCUGCCUUAUGAGCCUAUAGAUAUUUGACUACGGCUCUCUGCUUCUAUAGUCUUUAUAUAAUGUGGUAUCGUUGC